AUGAGCAGCACCGGCCACCGGCUGUGCCUGCGGUGGCUCCGGCGGCAACUCUGGUGCAGCCCCGAGCCCCACCACAACUGGACGCUGGACCCCUCCGGUGACCGGUAUUACUGGUGGAUCACGGUCAUGGUGCUGCCCAUCCUCUACAACUUCAUUGUCCCCAUUUGCAGGUUGUGCUUCCCGGAGGUGCAGGACCAGCUCCCACGGCUGUGGCUGGGCCUGGACACCCUCAGUGACGUGUUGUACCUGGGGGACAUCGGCGUGAGGCUCCACACGGCCUUCCCUGAGGACGGGCUCCUGGUGCGGGACCGGGUCCGCAUCCGCCGCCGGUACCUUUGGUCCCGCUCGUUCUGGUGGGACGUGGCAUCAUCGGCACCACUGGAGCUGCUGUGGCGGCGCCCGGAGGCUCGUGCCACGCGGUGGCUGCGGGCACGGCGCCUGUGCGAGGCCUGGCAGCGCCGCGAGACGCGGGCGGCACGUCCCGGUGGCCUGCGCGUGGCCGCGCUGCUGCUGGGCGCCGUGGCCGCGCUCCACAGCCUCGCCUGCGCCUAUUUCGCACUCUCGGUGCGCCUCGGGCUCGGCUCCGACGCCUGGGUCUGCCCCAGCAGCACCGGCGUCUGGCGCCGGUACCUGCACAGCUUCUACACGGCCACGCUGCUGCUCGCCACCGUGGGGGACACGCCGACACCACGCCGCGUGCCCGAGCUACUCUUCGCCACCUUCAGCUUCCUCCUGGGGGUCCUGGCCUUCGCCACCAUCACCGGCAGCAUCGGCGCCGUGGUGGGAGCCACGCGCGGAGCCUGGCACUGCGACGCCGCGGCCGUGAGGCAGCUGCUGGGGCCUGGGGAACUGCGGCGGCGCCUGCAGCGGUGGCGGCCAGAGCCAGCACUGGCAGUGGAGCAGAGCACGCUGCGGGCACUGCCACGGGCGCUGCACGAGGAGCUGGCGGCCGCGGCGCACCUGCGGGCUCUGAGCCGCGUCGGCGUGUUCCGUGGCUGCGAGCGCGGCGUCCUGCGGCGCCUCGUGCUGCGCCUGCGGGCUCAGGGCUACGGCCCCGGGGAGCCCGUGUGCCGCCGCGGCCACGUGGGCCGGCACAUGUUCUUCAUCCGCAGCGGGCUCGUGGCAGUGCUGGGCGACGACGGCGCCACCCCCGUGGCUGUGCUGGGCCGGGGCAGGUACUUCGGGGAGCUCAGCCUCAUCCACAUCCCCGGGAACCGCUGCGGGAACCGGCGCACGGCUGACAUCGUGAGCGUGGGGCACUCGGAGCUGUUCCUGCUCUCCAAGCAGGACCUGCUCCAGGUCCUGGCAGAGUUCCCUGGCGCGCGUGCGGCGCUGGAGGCUGAGGGCCGGCGGCUGCUGCAGCUCACGGGCCGCCUGGACGCCGGGGCUGAGGCGGCGGCAGCAGCGGCCGCGCUCCGAGCGCAGGGGCUGGAGGAGGCCCUGGCGCAGCUGCGGGUGCGAGUGGCAGCGCUGGUGGCGCAGCUGGAGGCCACCGAGGGCCACCUGAGGCUGCGGGUGCAGCGCCUCGAGCGGCGGCUGCGGCAGCGCCGGGACGCAGAGGCCAGGGGGGGACAGGCCAAGGGGCAGGGUCCUGGUGCAGCGCCCAGGGCGCAGCAUCCUGCUGGGGCUCAGGGUCACCCCAGGUCAUAG